AUGUCCUCAUCGUCGAAUCCGCUGAUUAGCAGGGUCAAACGACGACCACCUCCUCCUAAUCCUCUUCGUCGUCCGAAUGCCAAUCCGCUUGUCAAACGUGAACCUCGGGACAGCGCCAAUGGAGUCAAACCGGCGGUUCAGGUCAAGCGUGAGAAAGAUGAUACCAAACCAAUUAUUGCAUCAGCAUCGUCAGGAUCUGGUGUGAAAUCGUCAUCAUCUUCUUCUUCGUCGACAUCGUCGUCAGCAACAGAGUCGUAUACCGACUUUACUUUACGUAGUUGCUCUGCUGAAGAAGUCAAGGUGGCUCGUCACCAUAUUAUUAAAUUCCAUUCACGAACUCCUGUUAAUCCAGCUACUGAUUUUACACCUCCUGUUCGGUUUCAUAGAAAGGACCCGCGAAAUCUACAGUUUCAACUGACUCUUAGUGAACUUGAACAGAGACAGAAAGAUAUCGAACAGAGCAAUGCUCAGCUUGAACAGAGUUUGAAAGACCAGGAAGCCAAAGCUAAAGAAGCAGCUGCUGCAUCGCUAGCAGCUGGUGUAGCUCCUGAACCGGCUCCAAAGGCAGAUAUGUCGGUAGUGGCUCCAGAUGGAGGUGCUCGUAGAAGUGCUAGACCGUUUGAAAAGAAGACUCGUCAGGUUAUUUUGGGAGAUGAACAGAGUCGAAAGUUGCGAUAUGAAGAGUAUUAUCCGUGGAUUAUGGAGGAUUUUGAUGGUAAAAACACCUGGGUCGGCAACUAUGAAGCAGCUCAGUCGGAUUCAUAUGUGUUGUUUGUGUUUGAUAAGGACGGGUUUAAGAUGGUUCCCGCUGAAAAGUGGUAUAAAAUGACUCCUCGUAACAAGUACACGACAUUGACGGUUGAAGAAGCCGAGCAACGAAUGGAGAAAAAGUCGAAUGUCCCCAGAUGGAUUAUGAAACAUAUUGCUGAAGAACAACAAACUCAGGCUCAAGAUAGAUCAUAUAAUGCACGAAGAAGAUUCCGGACUGUUGAUGGAGCAACUUCUGGGACAUCUCCGACUAGAGGACGAGACGAUGACCAUGACGAGAUCGAUUUCGACGAAGAGUUUGCUGACGACGAAGAGGCUCCUAUCAUGGAUGGUAAUGAAGAAGAUGUUAAAGAAGUAGAAGAGAAGAUCAAACGUGAACAACGGAAUGCCAAUACCAUUGGCGUAGCUCCUGAUGACGACAACGAAGAUUUGUUUAAUAACCCCGACGAGCCCAAGAUGGGUAAGGAGGGUCGAAAACUCAAGAAAUACCUCCGAUCGCUAGAAAAGAACGCUUAUUACGAGAGUGACGAUGAAGAAAACCCAUAUGCUUCAUCCUCUGAAGACACAGAUGACGACGAAAUAUCCAGUGCCACUACUCCUGCUGUCAAAGAAGAGCCAGAUGCCGCUUCAUCUGCUGCUAAUGGCAAUAUAAAUGGCGUCACUGUCAAGCGUGAAGACUCUGCCAACCCGUCUUCACGACCCAGUUCACAAUCACCUCCACCAAUCCCACUUCCCCGUAAGGUCACUGCCAAAAAGAAGUAUAAAAACCUGCCUCCAGGAAUGGUCGUCUUACAUCUGUCACCCAGUUCGCUUUCAAAUUUCCCACCCGAUCUGUGGAAUCCCAAUGCCAAACGCCGUCGCGAAGUGUCUCCUGACAGCAACAGUUCCGAAACCGGCGGCGAGAUCAAAAAGAUCAAACUUCGGUCGCCAUCACCUCCACAACCCUCUGCUGUUGCCACUUCUUCAUCAGUCCCAUCUGCCAGCGUCAGUCCAGCUGCCACAACCACAACCAGCGACCCCGGCAACUCAGACGACCUUCUGACUGCCGACGACGUUCGUUCGGUCAUCACCGCCAACCGAGUCAACGCCAAACAGCUCCUCGGCAUCCUCAAACCCAAAUUGCGCCGACACCCGCAAAACCACGAGCGUCUCAAACAGCUCCUUCGCGAGAUGGCCAAAAUCCACAAUGGCGUGCUCGUGCUCAAGGGCUCUUCCAACUAG